AUGUCCACCUCCUCCUCCUCCAACCCCUCCUUCACAACAGCCCUCUUCGCCGGCGGCAUAGCAGGGACAACAGUCGACCUGACCCUCUUCCCCCUCGACACCCUCAAAACCCGCCUCCAGUCCUCCGCCGGCUUCUUCCCGUCAGGCGGCUUCACAGGCAUCUACCGCGGCAUCGGCUCCGCCGUCGUCGGAUCAGCCCCCGGCGCCGCCUUCUUCUUCUGCACCUACGAGGGCUCCAAAUCCUUUAUAAACGCCCAUCUCGCCGCUCUCUCUGCUUCUUCUUCUUCUUCUUCCUCUUCUACGAUAACAAGAGCAGCCUGGGUCGACCCCGUCUCCCACAUGCUCGCCGCCUCCCUCGGCGAAAUCGCCGCCUGCGCCAUCCGCGUCCCCACCGAAGUCGUCAAACAGCGCGCCCAAGCCGGCCAGCACGGCGGCUCCUCCCUCCUCGCCUUCCGCUCCAUCCUCGCCCAGUACUCCGCGGCCGGCGGCGGACUCGCCGCCGUCUGGCGCGAGCUCUACCGCGGCUGGUCCAUCACCGUCCUCCGCGAAGUCCCCUUCACCAUCAUCCAGUUCCCCCUCUGGGAACGCCUCAAGCGCUGGGGCCGCGAGCGCAAGCAAAACAAGAAUUGGAAACUCAACGUCGACCCCGCGACCGGGAAAAACACCCAAAAACAAACCGAAUACGAGGUCAGCGCCGUCGAGAGCGCGCUGUACGGUAGCGUCGCCGGCGCCGCGGCGGCGGGCAUCACGACGCCCCUCGACGUCCUCAAGACGAGGGUCAUGCUGAGCCAGCAGAAAGAAAAGAUUGGGGACAUACUGAGGACGAUCUACAAGGAGCACGGCAUCCGGCCCUUCUUUGCGGGUAUCGGGCCGAGGGUCAUGUGGAUCAGCAUCGGCGGCUCCAUCUUUCUCGGCAGCUAUCAGUUUGCGUCAAACACCUUGACCGGUGCCGUGAUAUAA